AUGCCACACAUAGAUCGUAAUGUUAAUUUUAAUGAUGUUUGGAUAAAAGUAUUAGAAGCUCUUGAACAUAUUUAUCGAACUAAAGAAAUGUUACCUACAUCGUCUAUGGAUCUUUAUAAUAUGGUUCAUAGCUAUUGUACAGAUACAAGUACUCAAUCACAAAGCUCUCGAUCAGAAAUACCUAGAAGACGUACUCACACUAAUCGACCAUAUAAUCCAAAUGAUAGAAACAAUCUUGUUGGUGAAGAAUUAUAUACCAAAUUGAAAGAUUAUUUAAAAAUUUAUUUGGAAGAAAUUUUUAAAGUAAGAUUAUGUUGCUCGAGAGAGUAA